AUGAUCUCGAUGAGCUCUCUGUCCAAACCUACCCGACCUUGUGAUGCCUGUCGCAAACGAAAGAUAAGAUGCAUUGUCUCCGAGGUGGGCGGUGACUGCGUCCUGUGUCGCGCCCACGCCCAGGCAUGUACCUAUCUAGAACGGCCACCUCCAAAGAAGAGGCGAAAGCAGCCCUUGGAUGCCGUCAGUCCAACUGAUUCAUUGACAAAUGCCAUCUCUCCUACCACCUCAGACCGACUUCCACAGCAUUCGCCACAUGAUUAUUCCAGUGUUCCAGAGACUUCUCUACUCCGGCAGACUUUGGGUCACCAGCAUUUCCGUACCAUCUCAUAUCUGGGUUCCACUUCCUAUUCGGACAGGCUGCUGCUGGACCUCUCAGACUGUCUUGAAGAAGGCAAAUAUCGUCCGGCUGUCCCAUCCGACGAAAUCCGGAUCGUAGCUCCCGACGCCUAUUUCUGUAUGCUGGAGGAAGACCAAACAACCAUCGGGCAGCAGGUGGAAGUUCUUGACAGGAUUGAAGCUGUUGUCGCGCCGCAUGGACCCGCGCUGGUUGACCUGUAUUUCCGCAUUGUCCAUCCCAGCUAUCCCGUCUUGCACAAGGAUGUUUUCCUAGAGAAACAUGGCCGUUCAUACCGGGAGCUGACACCAGCAUGUCUCGCCGCUGUCUACGUGCUGGCUUUGAAUUGGUGGCACUACAGCGGGGAUUUGGGUCAUCUGACGAAACCGGAUGUCGCCCAGAUGGAAAAGCUCGUGCCCUCUCUUCUGAGUUUCAACAGGCUGUCCAAGAUCUCCGAUAUUCAAGCAGGGCUACUCCUUCUGCAACGUCCGAGGUCCGACUCUUGGAGAUUGACAACUCAGCUUGUGGCAAUGGCCGAAGACGUCGGCCUGCAUCGGGACUGCGGAGAGUGGCACAUCCCCAACUGGGAGAAAGGCGCGCGGAAACGGACGGCAUGGGCACUCUUCAUCCAAGACAAAUGGGGCGCUCUUGUGCAUGGACGUCCAUCUCACAUCAAAGCCGAGAAUUGGGAGGUACUUCCGCUCGCAUUUGAGGAUUUUCCCGAGAACAUCGAAGAAGACCACGUGGAAGAAGGAAGCUCAGAGGUCGAGAAGGGAAUUCUGAUUUUCAUGCAACUAUGUUCGCUGAGCCAGAUUUUAUCCGACAUAAUUGACAGGCUAUUCACCGUAGACGCCAUGAAACGGUGGAAUAGCACGGUGGAAGUGCUACAAACCGUCAAACCCCUCCAGCUUCGGUUGAAAAGCUGGUAUGCCCAGCUACCAUCAUGUUUGGCAUUUGAUGCCACUCAACCCAGGAAAUUGUCUGCGACUGGUCAUCUAUAUCUCGCAUACCUGGCCGCUGAAGUGACGCUCCACCGGGCCAUUGUUCAGUCGGAAACUCGCUACGGGCUCGAGACCCGCCUUCGUGAGAUAACCCGUGGAGCCGCAAUCAUGAGAUUCACUUCGGUCAUCGACUUUAUGAAACGCCUCAAGCCCGAACACGUGCAGGGGUUUUGGCAUUUUGCGUCAGAGCCUUGCCUGGCCAUCAUCAGCGCUUUCUCGCUUGGCUUGCUGGCCACCAGCCAUGAUCCUGUCGAGGCCACCAAUCUGUGGUCACAGAUUGCUGACUUCCGCUGGCUGCUCAACAUCAAUAGUCCAAGUGCUGAUUUCAUGAAGCUUGCCGUCGAUCUGUUCAAAGUCAACAGCAGUUUUCUCGCCAAGUUCCGCCCGCUGGGUAUGGUGGCUUCGAGCGAAAGGCCGCAAGCACUGCAGCAAGGCAAAGGUUUACACCCGAUCGAACGCCGCGACCAGUCCGCUGGUCUAGACCCCUUCCAAAGCACUGAGCAAGACCUCCAUGCGGUCGUGGGACUGGACCAAGAUUGGCUUCUUGACUGUGACUACGACUUUGAACAGUUUGGGAACGGGAGUGGCGGCUAG